CGCAGCAGUCGGCUGGUCACGUGAUGUGACUCCAUUUUGGGUAUCAGCCACGAGGUUUUGUCAAGAAAAUUAUUUUGGCAUACUCCGGUGUUAUUGUGGUUACUGAAAAUUGCUAAAAUGCCUUCUAGCAAUCCGUUACCCCCUAAAGAAAAUUCUCUUUUCAAACGAAUAUUGAAAUGUUAUGAACAAAAGCAAUAUAAAAAUGGGUUGAAGUUUGCUAAACAAAUCCUUUCAAAUCCAAAAUUUUCUGAACAUGGAGAAACGCUGGCAAUGAAAGGUUUGACUUUGAAUUGCCUGGGUCGGAAGGAGGAAGCGUAUGAGUAUGUCCGCCGGGGACUACGCAAUGACUUGCGCUCGCAACGUGUGUGCUGGCACGUCUACGGACUGCUGCAGCGAUCAGACAAGAAGUAUGACGAGGCUAUCAAGUGUUACCGCAAUGCGCUUAAGUGGGAGAAGGACAACAUCCAGAUCCUGCGUGACUUGUCACUGUUACAGAUUCAGAUGAGAGACCUCGAAGGAUACAGAGUGAGUGAAAGUAAUAAGAAUGGUUACAAUAGUUAUUAGGGGUAUUGUGACAAC